GAGGAGGAGCGGCGCGCGAAACUGACUUUUCAUGGGCUCGGAGAAGAUGCGCGCUUCGAGUUUGUGUGCGUCGUGGAUGUGCAGAGCCGCGUGGCCGCUUUUCAUCGUGUUGCUGACUUUUCCAAGUGUCUCUCACUGCUCAGACAAUCCUCCUGCUCCUGAGAAGAUGUAUCCACGCGGAAACCACUGGGCUGUGGGUCAUUUAAUGGGGAAAAAGAGUGUGGGGAGUCAGCCCAGAGUUCAGGACACUGACGAUCGCACUGUCACAUCGUCCGACUCAGAAAUGUCAGAGCUGCUCACCAUCAAGCAUCUUCUAGAAGCUCUGAUGCUCCAAAAGUCCAGCAAACAGAUGACCACCACGGCUGACAAGAGGCUUCGCUGGUCACGCAGUGGCUGGAGGGACAAAGACAGAAACGAUUACCUUCAAGAGAUGUCAGACCUCCUUCUUCUGAUGAGGAAACUACAAGAAAGUGACUCCACCUCGGUACAGGAAGAGUACUGACACAGUUCAAAUCAUGGUACUUCAAUAUUGUUCCUGUAAAACCCAUAUCACAGCUGUAAGACAUAUUUCAAAUCCUUGUCCGAAUGUAGGAUGUAACAAGAGUGUCCAGCAAA